GUUCUUAGUUCUUAGUUUUAAAAAAACGUUGUGCACACACAAGAUAUAUUUCAUCGACGUAUAAUGUUCAAAUAAUGCAGGUUUGAAAUCGAUAUUGUUUUUUCUAUCUUUUAGUUUGAAAAAAAUACACAAUGAAUUAUGGUUUCUGAAGCCUUAUUAGUUAUCAGUUUUAUAUUUUUCAAAGCUAUUAUAAAUGACGGCUCUUAGUAAAAUGAUGUGUGUAUAUGAAAUUUUAGUAUAACUGAAUUAUUAUUAAAUAUUACAACAGUUAUUUGAAUUGAAUAAACUUAAUUUAAGAAUUUGCACACAUUACUACGGAAUUUUUGUACAAAGGCUGCACAAUGGAAAAUAUUACAUCAACCUUAAUAUUUUUCGUCAACGGUAAAAAGGUUGUUGAAACAAAAGCUGAUCCACAUUGGACUUUACUUUAUUAUUUAAGAAAUAAAUUGAGUUUAUGUGGAACUAAAUUAGGAUGUGCCGAAGGAGGAUGUGGAGCUUGUACUGUAAUGGUAUCAAAAUAUGAUUACGUCAAGAAGUCUCCAUUACAUAUGGCUGUCAAUGCUUGUUUGUGUCCUGUAGUCAGCAUACACGGAUGUGCUAUAAUAACUGUUGAAGGAAUUGGUAGCACAAAAACAAGAUUGCACCCUGUUCAAGAGCGAAUAGCGAAAAGUCAUGGAUCCCAAUGUGGUUUUUGUACACCCGGUAUUGUGAUGUCUGUAUAUGCCAUGCUCAGAUCAUUAGAAAAAACACCAGAUGAAAGCGACCUAGAAAUUGCUUUACAAGGCAACUUGUGUAGGUGUACAGGUUAUAGACCUAUUUUAGAGGGUUUGAUGACAUUGACUACUUGUGAUAAAGUCUCUGAUGGAUGUUCCAUGGGAAAUAAAUGUUGUAUGAAAACUAAGAAAAUUGAAAAUGAUUCUGAGGAUGUGUCCAAUUCAUCCGAAUUCUUACCGUAUGAUCCUUCCCAAGAACCAAUUUUUCCACCUGAACUUAUACUUACCAAAGAGUUCGACGAAGAGUAUUUGAUAUUCAGAGGAAAAAAUACUACGUGGUAUCGACCGACAUCAAUUUUGGAACUAUUGGAACUUAAAUAUAAGUAUCCCAAUGCUCGGAUAAUUGUCGGGAAUACUGAAGUCGGAGUUGAAAUAAAAUUCAAAAAUUGCGAAUAUCCAGUGAUGAUACAACCGAAUAAGGUGUCAGAGUUAAAUGCUAUUAAAAAGUGUACAAAGGGAUUAAUUGUUGGAGCUGCGGUAACUAUUGACAAGUUAGAAAAUGAAUUGAAGAAACUAAUUGAUAUUAUGCCUGAUCAUAAAAUUCAAAUAAUAAAAUCUAUAUUGGAAAUGAUACCAUGGUUUGCUAGUAAACAGAUUCGUAAUGUUGCUUGUGUAGCUGGUAAUAUUGUAACGGGAAGCCCUAUAUCGGAUUUAAAUCCAAUAUUUUUAGCUGCUCGUUGUCAGUUAAAAGUACAGAGUAAAAAAAAUGGAAUACGAUUUUUGAAAAUGGACAAAACGUUUUUUACGGGUUAUCGACAAAAUUCCAUACAUCCGGAUGAGGUCGUAAUAGAUUUGUUCAUUCCAUUUACACAGAAAAACACAUUUUUUAAAUCAAUUAAACAAUCAAGAAGAAAAGAAGAUGACAUAGCCUUGGUAAAUGCUGCAUUUUACGUAGAGAUAUCAAAUAAUAUUGUAAACGAUGCCGAGUUAGUUUUUGGUGGGAUGUCAGCUACUGCAGUCAUUGCUCAAAAAACUAAAUCAUUAAUAAUCAACAGAGAAUGGUCAGAGUCUUUGUUAGAGGAUGUGUAUUUAGAGUUACUUAAAGACUUACCUUUGGCAUCAAAUGCCCCUGGAGGAAUGGUGACUUAUCGCAAAAGCCUUGUCUUAGGCCUAUUUUUUAAAUUUUACCAUUAUGUGGGUAAUCAAUUAAGUUUGGAAAUGAUAAAUGAACGCAAUUUAACUAAUGGCAAUAACUCUGUUACACACAUUUCUAAAUAUGCUCAAUAUUAUCAUGUCGUCCCAAAUUCUCAAAGUCCAGAUGACGCUGUUGGUAAACCAUUAGUUCAUAAAUCCGCAAUGCAACAAACUACAGGCGAAGCUGUGUAUUGUGAUGAUAUACCUCGUCGUUCCGAUGAACUUUAUUUAGCUGUUAAGACGUCAACACAUGCCCAUGCUAAAAUUAUAAGUGUAGACUACACCGAGGCAUUAUUGCAACCUGGCGUGGUGACUGUAGUCGACGAAAAAGAUUUACCAGGAAAUCGCAAUAUGGUCGGUGUACUGCCGAUUAAAGAUGAUUAUGUAUUUGCUAGAGAAAAAGUUGUAAAUGUUGGUCAAAUAAUCUGUGGAUUAAUCGCUGUAGAUCCAAUCACCGCACAGAACGCAAUUAAAUUAAUUCAUGUUCAGUAUGAAGAAUUAAAACCGAUAAUUACCAUCGAAGAAGCUAUUAAAAGUGAAUCGUUUUACGACGGCUGUUGCGCCUACUGGGAAAAAGGAUGCAUAGAUCAAGGUUUCAAAGAAUCAAAUCAUAGUCUAAAUGGUACCUUACGAAUCGGUGGACAAGAUCAUUUUUAUUUAGAAACUCAAUGUUGUAUAGCAAUACCGAUAAAUGAACAUAAUGAGAUCGAAGUAAUAAGUUCAACACAAGCACCAAACGAAUUACAGGAAAGUAUAUCACAUAGCUUAGACAUACCGGCAAACCGUGUAGUUUGCAAAACAAAACGUCUUGGUGGUGGAUUUGGUGGUAAAGAAACUAAAGGGUUUACCAUAGCUGUGCCAUGUGCAGUAGCUGCUGUAAAAACUGGUAAAUCAGUUAGAUGCAUGCUGGACCGACACGAAGACAUGUUAAUUACUGGUGGUAGAAAUCCAUUUUUAUGUCAUUAUCGUGUGGGAUUUAACGAACAUGGACAAAUCCUGGCUUUGGAUAUUUCUGUAUACAAUAAUGCUGGAAGUUCCAGAGAUUUGUCGGCGGGAACAGUUGAUAGAUGUGUUUCUCAUUUAACGAAUACGUAUCAUAUCCCUCAUGUGAAAAUAUCAGGAUAUACUUGUGCUACAAAUUUAUCAUCAAAUACGGCUUUUAGAGGAUUUGGUGCACCUCAAGGGAUGUUUUUUGCAGAAUCAAUUAUCGAUCACAUAUCUAGAGAAUUAAACAUCGAUUCAAAUGUAGUUAGAGCAAAGAAUUUCUUCAUAAAUGGACAGAUAACACAUUAUAAUCAAUUGAUAUCUAAUUUUACCGUUAAAAACUGUUGGGACGAAGUGUUGGAAAGAUCGAAAUACACUUUAAAGUCUAACGAAAUUAUAGAGUUCAACAGAACGAACCGGUUGAAGAAACGCGGCAUCGCAGCUGUUCCGACGAUGUACGGUAUCGGGUUCUCGGGAGGUUCAGCGUUUAUGAACCAAGCCGGGGCCCUGUUGCUCGUCUACGUAGACGGUUCCGUAUUGCUUGCACACGGUGGCGUCGAAAUGGGUCAGGGACUGCACACAAAAAUGAUCCAAGUGGCUAGCAGGGCUCUGGGAAUACCCGCCGAGUUAAUACACGUCAAAGAGACCAGCACCGACAAGGUGGCCAACGCGUCGCCGACCGCCGGCAGCUUCAGCUCAGACCUCAACGGGAUGGCCAUUCUCAACGCUUGUGAGAUCGUUAAAGCCAGAUUGGAACCGAUCAAGAAGAGGAAUCCCGGAGGUACGUGGGCUGAAUGGGUGAAGACAGCUUAUUUUGAAAAAGUGAAUUUGUGUGCUUCGGGAUUUUAUGCAAAUCACACUAUAGGAACAACAACAGAUCAAGGCACGGUCAACUUUUUUUUGUAUUAUACUAGUGGGGCAGCUGUUUCGGUGGUAGAAGUGGACUGUUUAACUGGUGACCAUGAAGUUUUAAGCACAGACAUAGUAAUGGACGUAGGACAGAGCUUAAAUCCAACAAUCGACGUGGGGCAAAUCGAAGGAGCUUUUAUGCAAGGUUAUGGGUUAUUCACAUUAGAAGAACUUGUAUAUAGCCCAAAAGGAAUGUUGUAUACGAGGGGACCUGGUACAUAUAAAAUACCUGGAUUUUCGGAUAUACCGAAACAGUUUACAGUUUCAUUGCUGAAAGGUUCAGAAAAUCCAAGGGCUGUUUACUCAUCAAAAGCUGUUGGAGAACCUCCACUGUUUUUAUCGGCUUCGGUAUUUUUCGCUAUUAAAAAUGCAAUAUAUUCAGCAAGAGAAGAUGCUGGUGUCACAGGGUAUUUUAGGUUGGAUGCUCCAGCAACUGUGGAAAAAAUUCGAAUGUCUUGCAAAGACAAUAUUAUUGAAAAGCUUGAAAAAUAUGAAACCGAGGUAGCUGAAUCGUGGAAUAUUAUUGUUUAA